GCUUGCCUUCGGACUAUGUAAGCAUCACCGACCGGAUACAUGAUCGACUUACACAAAAAGAACAUACCAAAGAUGACCUCGUGGGAAGUAAAUGGCAAAGUCGCGCUCGUGACCGGUGCUGGAUCAGGUAUCAACCAUGCGCUGACUAGGGCUCUUCUCGAGUUGAGUUGUUCAGUCAUCAUGGCGGAUCUAAGACUACGUCCUGAAGCUGAAGAGACACUCAAGAAAUACCCUCACCCACCAACCGAGCCCGGCACCGCGUCGGCAAUCUUUCAUCAGACAGACCUCAGCGAUUGGUCUCAGAUAAGCAAACUGUGGGAUACCGCACUCAACACAUAUGGACGAGUCAAUCUGCUCGUGAACGGGGCCGGGAUCUAUGACCCACCCUCCAGCGACUUCUGGAACCCGCCCGGAAUCUCGCCUCUAUCCCGAGACCAAGCCGAUGCCAAGGUCGGCAUGUACCAAGCCUAUGCCGUCAACACCAUCGCUCCCGUCAGACUUGCCCAGAUCGCCGUCGAAUACUGGCUCCGUCCCGAAAACCGACAUCUUUCAGGCAACAUCCUCUGGAUCGCUAGUAUGGCGGGCUACGUUCAUGGCCUCCUGACACCGUUCUACUACUCAAGCAAGGCUGCAGUUGUUAGCAUGUGCAAGUCCCUCGGCUCCUUGAAUAAGAUUGCCGGCAUCAGAAAUGCGGCAAUCUGUCCCGGAGCAGUCGAUACCCCGAUCUUCCACGCUUCCUACAGCCGAGAGCGCGUACAUGCUGAUGACUUGAUGCUCAGCGUUGAAGAAGUUGUCCAGGUUGCCAUGUCUGCCAUCCGUGAUCCUAAAUAUGGCGACGGAAACAUUAUCGAGGUGUUUUGUGGAGGGAUGAAUGAAAACCACAAAGUCUCAGUUCGGGAUGUACCUUUGGAAAGCUUGUACGAUGUUGAGGGCAUGAAGGGCAUGGCAGCUGGAACGCACAUGCUUAUCAAGCAGGACGAGUUCAUAAUGAAGUUGAAGAGGAGAGGCUUAGGAUUUUCUGCAAAGAUCUGAGGGCGCAAGCUGGAGAGAUUGUAAGUCGGUCUGCACCAGAGCAAGUCACUGUCACAGGAAUCUAAGUUGAAUGACGAGAAAGGGAGAGUAAUGAGAUUGGCAUGGUUACUCGAUCGAUCCCCUGGGGCUCAAUUUGAACGAAUUCCCAGACCAUGUGAUAGCGUCUUAGGGUUGGAGGUCCAGAGAAAGUGUAAGCGCAGCGUAUUAAUGUUUUGGGCGUGGUUCCAUAUCCUGCAAAGGUUUCAUACAAUAUCAUCCAAGGCUAUAAGUACC